UUCACUGUAUCCGGUAGAACACACGAGUGUGUGCUUGCAUGUAGUUCUGUUGUUACUACGUUAAUUUACUUGCUAUAGUAUUAUUGUUUUAGUAAAUACUUAGCGGGGAGUGAAUAGAACUGUUCAAGAAGUGAAAAAUGAAUAUUCGGAAUGCCAGGCCGGAAGAUCUGAUGAAUAUGCAGCAUUGCAAUUUGCUAUGUCUCCCAGAGAAUUACCAGAUGAAAUACUACUUCUAUCAUGGACUGUCGUGGCCUCAGCUGUCCUACAUAGCGGAAGAUGAAAACGGUAAAAUAGUUGGAUAUGUUCUGGCCAAGAUGGAGGAAGACCCAGAUGAUGUUCCUCACGGACACAUCACAUCACUGGCCGUGAAGCGCUCCCACAGGCGUCUGGGCUUGGCUCAGAAGCUGAUGGAUCAGGCCAGCAGAGCUAUGAUUGAAAAUUUCAAUGCUAAAUAUGUCUCCCUGCAUGUACGCAAAAGUAACCGAGCUGCAUUGCACCUUUAUUCCAAUACACUGAAGUUUCAGAUCAGCGAAGUCGAACCUAAGUACUAUGCUGAUGGGGAAGAUGCUUAUGCUAUGAAGAGAGACUUGGCUCACAUGGCUGGAGAGCUCCGAAGGCCAGGAGUGCGAGCAUGGAGUGCAGACACACCCUCGUCCCAGAGCCUUUCUACCCCUGGGCAGUCUGCAAAGCUGGAAGAGCAGGAGAAGGAAGGAGAACGGGACAGUGGGGGAGAGAGCAAGGAGAUGAGCGAGGUCAGCGAGGCCACGGAGAGCACAGACAUCAAAGACUCUUCCUCCGACUCGUAAUGCUGGCUCCCGUUCCUCCGGGGGUACUUCCUGUUAGCUUAAUUCCACGAGGCACUUUUUUCCUCGUUCACUUUCUUCUCGCUGUUUCUCCACCACGUGACUCUUUAUGGCCCUUAUUCUCCCUUCCAGUUCUCCACUGCAGCCUCUUCUUUGUGUUUCCUCGGUACAGGGGAUGACACAGUGACUGAGAGGUACUAAGAUCUCCUACGGAGUUGUACUUUUUUUCUCCCAGUUUUUCAUACUGUGUAACAAAAACUGUCCAGUAUGAACUGCCAUAGAGCUGUACCUCUUUGAAACUUUUUAUUGAUUGACAUCUGCAAAAUGGAUAAAUAAAUUAAUAUAAGAAAGUGACGCUGUAGCUAUGUUGUCUGUUUCAUGUGCCUCAAGUGUGGACAUCUCAUAAAGU